GCGCUCGUCACCACUUGGUGUAUAGGCUAUUAGCUAACUCGCAAAGUCGUGAUGGCUCGAUUCAUCCUCGCAUCGUGUGUUCUUGCCGUAUGUCUGGCAUACACUCUCGCUGGCGGCGCUAUGGGAGGUGAUACUGGUGGUGCUAGUGGUGGUGGCGAUGAUGACUGCGCAGCCAAACAGUCCUGCCCCAAGCCUGGUGGUGGAUGUGUUGAUCUUGGGGGCACCUAUCAGCUGAACGCCUGCACCCCCCUGACAUGCACAGUUGAGGGUAACGUCUACGGCCUCCGUGGAGACAUGAAAUGUGCCUUUGGUAGUGACUGUUUUGAAGGAGGUGUCAAGAAAACCUUUGGCAAUUGUGAAUAUACGUGCUCAGUAUCUGGCGUCAUUGGGUUCAUCCAGGAUGACCCAGCGUGUUCGAAUGAGUAGGGCAAAUGCAAGUGUCGCACAACUUGGAAGCAGCAAAGUCAUUGUAACGUAACGUCACUUUGAUGGAUCAGGGAACUGUGCAAUAAAUCUUAAAAUAACA